GGAAACGCGAUAUCCGUGACAGCGAUAUUGCAACGUUCACGCGAUCCAGUUUGACCGACGGGUAUCCGAGUGCAUUGGUCGAUCGGUGGUGUAUCAUUUUGUUUCAACGAUCGAGAAGACCGUCUGUACGUCGUACGCGCGUGAAUAUCAAAGGGCGCAGGUAUCACUACGCCGCACGUUGUGGAAGGAAGCAGAAACCGAGCACUGGCAGGAAGUGGGUAGAAGGGGGGUACGUCGUCGAGCCAGUUGAUUCGGUGGUGGCUACAUGUGGCUGUCCGCCGGUCGUGACAAGGAGACAUUUCCCAUCGUGGCAUAAAAGAUACGUAUCGCAACGGUAAUCGAUAGCCAAAAACAGCCGAAAACAUGCUGAUGGAUGCGACGACGGUGCAACUGAUUCAGGUCCUCGAGAGGACCGUCUCGUCAGAUAAAAAUGAACUGGAAGCAGCUCAAAAUUUUUUGGAACAAGCGGCCCAAUCUAAUCUCCAUGAGUUUAUGCAAAGACUCAGCGGUGUGCUGGUUACUGUAGCUGCGAGUCCAGUUGCUCGUAUGGCUGCGGGUCUUCAGCUCAAAAAUCAACUUACGUCUAAAGAUGUACUAUUAAAAUACCAAUAUCAGCAACGCUGGCUUGCAAUCCCUGUAGAAAUCAGGGAAUUCAUAAAAAAAAAUAUUUUGGGAGCUCUUGGAACGGAGAACAAUAGGCCAAGUUCUGCUGCACAAUGUGUCGCGUAUGUUGCGGUGGCAGAAUUACCAGUUGGUCAGUGGACCGAUAUUAUUCAGCUGCUGGUCAACAAUGUUGCGAACCCAAACAACACAGAAAUAAUGAAAGAGGCAACGUUAGAAACCAUCGGUUACAUUUGUCAAGAUAUAGAAAGCGACGUUUUGGUACCACAGUCCAAUCAAAUUCUCACAGCAAUUAUUCAUGGCAUGAAAGGGUCUAUUACUUCGAAUCAUGUUCGUCUCGCAGCUACGAGCGCGCUCUACAACUCGUUAGAAUUUACCAAAGGGAAUUUCGAAAUAGAGUCCGAGAGAAAUUUCAUCAUGGAGGUAGUUUGCGAAGCGACACAGUCUUUAAACACGCAAGUCAAAGUAGCUGCUUUACAGUGUCUUGUAAAAAUUAUGUCUUUGUAUUACCAAUAUAUGGAGCCGUACAUGGCUCCCGCGCUAUUCCCUAUCACCUUGGAAGCCAUGAAGUCGGAUAUCGAUGAGGUUGCACUGCAAGGAAUUGAGUUUUGGUCGAACGUAUCGGACGAGGAGGUAGAUUUGUCUAUGGAAGAAGGAGAAGCUUCCGACGGAGGUCGACCACCGGCCAAAGUAUCGAGGCAUUAUGCGAAAGGGGCUCUGCAGUAUCUGGUACCUGUACUGAUGAAGAAGCUCACUAAACAAGAGGAAUUCGAUGACGAAGACGAUUGGAAUCCUUCGAAAGCAGCCGGCGUGUGUUUGAUGUUACUAUCCUCUUGUUGCGAGGAUGCCAUUGUUCCAUUUGUUCUUCCAUUUGUCAAGGACAACAUUAAGAGUGCAGACUGGAGGUAUCGGGAUGCUGCUUUGAUGGCUUUCGGAUCGGUCCUUGGUGGUUUGGAUCCUAGCACCGUGAAACCAUUGGUGGAACAAGCUAUGCCAACGCUCAUCGAGCUGAUGUACGACAGUAGCGUCGCUGUGAGAGACACGGCUGCAUGGACAUUCGGUCGGAUCUGUGAGAUCAUACCAGAGGCAGCGAUCAACGAGACGUAUUUGAAGCCUCUGUUGGAAGCUUUGAUAAACGGUUUGAAGGCAGAGCCUCGUGUAGCAGCGAACGUUUGUUGGGCAUUCACGGGACUCGCGGAGGCCAGUUACGAGUCCGCGGAAGCUACAGACGACGCGCAACAGCCGGCGACCUAUUGCAUGUCUCGAUAUUUCGAUUUCAUCAUCGAGAGAUUGUUGGAAACCACGGAUCGUCCGGACGGCGCUCAAGCGAACUUAAGGUCAGCUGCGUACGAAGCUUUGAUGGAAAUGGUCAAGAACUCGCCGCGCGAUUGUUACGUAACCGUGCAGAAGACGACGAUGGUGAUCUUGGAAAGAUUGCAGCAGGUACUGCAAAUGGAGACACACAUCCAAACACAUACCGAUCGGGCCCAAUACAAUGAUCUUCAGUCGUUGCUGUGCGCCACCUUGCAAUCUGUACUGCGCAAAGUUACACCCGAGGACGCGCCACAAAUAUCGGACGUGAUAAUGACCGCGUUGCUGUCCAUGUUCAAUUCGAACUCUUGCAAAGCCGAGGGUGUACAGGAGGAUGCACUUAUGGCUGUUUCGACCCUGGUCGAGGUGUUGGGAGAAGGUUUCUUGAAGUACAUGGACGCGUUCAAACCGUACCUAUGUCUCGGUUUGAAGAAUCACGCCGAGUAUCAAGUCUGUUGCGCAGCCGUGGGUCUGACUGGCGAUAUCUGUCGUUCAUUGAAGAACAAAAUACUACCGUACUGCGACGAGAUCAUGACGCUUUUGCUCGAGAAUCUUGGAAACAACACGGUCCAUCGUUCCGUGAAGCCUCAAAUUUUCUCUGUUUUUGGUGACAUGGCUCUCAGCAUCGGACCCGAGUUCAAGAAAUAUCUGGACGUGGUACUGCAGACCUUGGCGCAGGCUUCUCAAGCGAACGUAGACAGGAACGAUUACGACAUGAUCGAUUACCUGAACGAGCUACGCGAGGGCGUUCUCGAGGCUUACACUGGUAUAGUACAAGGUCUUCGCGGGGACAUGGCAAAUCCUUGCCCGGAUGCCGCUGUUGCUCUCGUGGAGCCACACGUGCCCUUUAUCAUUCAGUUCAUCACCACGGUAGCUCAGGAUCGUGAACACUCUGAAGGCAACAUAUCGACCUCUGUGGGAUUGCUCGGUGAUUUGGUCACCGUCUUCGGGGCAAAACUGUUGCCAAUGGUCGAGACUGAACCGCUCGUCGAGCUACUAAACAAAGCUAGACGAUCACGCACCCAAAAAACCAAAACCUUGGCAACCUGGGCAGGCAAAGAGAUUCGAAAGCUCAAGAGUGUUGCUAACUCCCCGUCUAGUUGAUCACCCCACGGUUGUACUCUCGUGCAAUUUGAUUUGACUAGAAAGCUAUCAAACACAAUACAAAGACAACAAGAUUGGAUGGUGCGGAUGCGAGUUGAUGGAUGUGCGUGAGCGUUCCGAAGCGAUGACGAUGAUGGGGUGAUGAGUCUGCACGUGUCCCUGUCUGGCGACGGUAUUCGAGUACCGGCGCCGUGCGCAGCCCAAUGGUCGAGAAAAAGAUAACCUGUCUGCCUGCCCGGAUGCCGAGACCACGGAUGAUGAGGAGUGCAAGUGGAUGUUGCCAAUGAAUGAGCCAAGGCCAAGAAGCCUGCCAGAGAUGUUCCGGUGAUGCAAGUAUGCCUGAUAACGAGCCCGGGGCUUCUACCCGCGUGAUUGAGAAGUUGAACCUGAGGAAAGGACGACCUCGACGGACGGUGAAAUCGUGGCCAGUGAGAAAGAGAGUGGGAGAGAAAGGGAUGAACGGAAGAGGACACGAGAGAAUGCGACAGGGAGACCAGGAGAGACUGCGGAGCUGAGUGUUGGGUAUCAGUUGAAUGGGAGUAUGUUUUUGUUUUUUAAUUGUAUGCGUGAGCGAAAGAAAUAGCGAGUAAGGGAGAGAAUGGUACAAAUAAAAAUCGUUGUCACUAUGAAAGGGCGUUCGAAUCUGUGAGAAAGCAAUUAUGUUCAUUCGUUGCGAAGCUCUAGCCCUCCUAAAGCCUUGUCAACGAUGCGUGUCCGAUCUUUAUUAUUUUUUUUUCUUUUUUUUUUAUACGAUUUCUUGCUCAACGAUCGAAAUCGCUCGUUGGAGGAAUCGGAGAGUGUCAUUGCCGUGUGAUUGUAGGCGUGAAUUCGCAAUCAAAAUGAACGAAACAAAUGGUUGUCGGGACGCUGCUGAUGAUCGUCGCUGUAUGCCGUUGCAGUUGAGUGACGUGCGAGUGAGUGAAGCAGGAGGGAAAGAAAGGGAGAUAGAGAGCGCUAGGGAUGUGUCGAGUGAUUGCUAAAAAAAAGUAAAAAAUGAUCGAGAAGACUCGAAGAGUAACUUGGGUGACCUAUGGUCCGAUCGUGCUGCGCGAGAAUCUAAAUGUUCAGUUGUAGUAUGAUGACGUGUAUGUUAAUUUUUUCCCCCCCCCCCGCCCGUAUGUGAAUGUCCGUUGCUGUUGAUUUAUUAAAAUUAAUAUUUUGCUGGCAUAAGUUAUUGAGUUGUACCGAAGUCCUCGUCCGGCCUGAGAAAGUUCGUGAACAAGAGAAACCCGAAACCCGAAAACCAAGAAGAAAAAAAAAGAAAAAAAGACAAAAAAAAUGGUCGAGUGCCCAGCCCCCCGAGUAUAGCCCCCCCUUAGAGUACCGUAGUCCUUGCACGUAGACGAUUCAUUUUCUUACGCGAUCCGCGUUGUCGAUAUGGAAUAUCUCGAACCAGAGCAUUUUGCACUGCCAUUGUUCAAACAAUGUUAAUCCUGUACUUUCAAGGAUGUUCACGCAUCGUUGAUGUAUUACGUGUAUUCCAUUAUCGUAAAAAAACGAGGACGUUGAUCGCGUAGAUCGAUCGACCCUGUCGCGAAAGGUAAUUGAUACGAUCCAAAGAAUAUUGUAGAAAUAUUUCUGGACGGGCGACAGUUCACGAUAAAAUAAACGGGUAAAUAUCUUUCGUUUAAAUUCCAAUGUUUAUUCGACGAGUGACGCGUGAAAUAUAGUCGCCUUAUCUUGAAUUCGUUCCUCGAAAUGUCCAGAUAAGAGUUGUUGCCCGUCUAUGUCGAGAUCACGGACAUCGAACCGGGAUAUUUACAAUUCCUUGUCGCCUCAAGGGUCACGGAUCUUUUAGGAUACUUUUGCUUUCUUACACAUUCACACGGACGUAAUCCUUUUACCACGAAAUUUACAAGAAACAGGAGCAUCGUUUUAUCGUUAGAAACUUUAUGCGAUCGACACAACGAUUAUCUUUAUUGAAAUUCUCGACAGUGAAACUGUUAGAUCAUGUUUGCUUUCUCAACCAAACGUCCCUUGCUGCUACUUAACGCUACGACAGUUCGACAACGCGAUAUUUUUUUCCCCUCCUUCGCGUAUUAUGCAGUCGCGUCCUCGGCCUCGAGGCCGCGGGGCGUUUAGCAACAUUUUACGCGAAAGAUUAAGCGGACGGUCGGUCGGUCGCUCUAAUAAUAUAAUACGACGUUACGUCACGUGGUCCGAAACGUGGCUGUGGUAGUGCGAUGCAUUCCAAAUACUUUUGCCAGCGGAAGCGCACUGUGACCGUCAUUUCGUGAUUUUUCGAUUGUUUUUUUCUAGCGGUUUUCCAUUCUACGUUUAUCGAGGACGCCUCGUUCACGCAAUGCUUUAGGCACAGACGCGACAAAACGGAAAAUUCGUACGUGACUCGUUCGAAAGAACCCGGUGAAUUAAGGAAAACGCGACAACAAAAGAGACAAAACCGAAAGAACGGGGGAGAAAAGGGAAUUGACGAGAGACGACUAACUGAAAAGAGUUUUUAUUAAAUUGAUUAUCUUUUUUACGAUUUUACAUAUCGAGGAAGAAUAAAAUGAAAGAAAAGUGUCUGCUCCACGUCUGAGUAUAAAAUAAAUAUAUAUAUACAUAUAUAAUUUUUUUACUGUUGCGAUCGAUAUUGCCAAACUUAGCGUGUAAGGGGAAAAAAGUCGAUCUAGUUUUUAAAAGGUUCAAACAACAAUGGGGUUGGGAAAGGGGGGGUGGGUGGGUGGGGAUGGGGAAGAAAUCGUUUCGACGAGCCGCUGGUUACGUAGACUUGGAGCCUAAAACCCUUGAUCUCUUUACCGUUCGCACGAAUUUGUCCGUAUUCUUUUAUUUUCCUUGUGCGAAGUAUCAUUUCGAAAUUCCACCCAACGAAACACACACGGUGUCUUCCACUCACCAGAAUCUGCUCGAGACAGAGCUUUGUAUCGCGGAUCAGACACUGAACCCUAUACAGGUACACUAAAAAAAAGUCAGUCUGAAUUCGAGUGAAAAAAACAAACACACAAAGCGAAAGGGAAGAAACGCCGAGGCGCAAAGUAUCCUUUUUUCAUUUACAUUCCACGUAGCAGAGAGUAUAUAUAGAGAGAAAGGGAGAGCGGGAGAGGAUAUGAAAGUGCGUGUGAGGAAAGAAAGCGAGGAACCACGACGAAGAGGACAGCGGUGCGCGUCUUUCCGCGUCCUGCAAAAGAACUCGAUCGCUCGCCUGUGUACUUUUUGAUUCGCGAUUAUCCCCGUUGCGUGCACGAUUCACCCUUUCACCACGAAGAAUUUGGACGCGUUGUAUAUGAUACACGCGACAAAUUUGCACAGGAAUUAUUAGCGCAAAAUUAAUUGGCCGUUCAAGGUCACCAAUGUUCCCCCUCUCCUUCUAUAUCGAUUAGCUAUAUUAUCCUCUUGGCCUCUUACAAACUCUCAUCCUUUAUCCACGGAUAUAUAAAUCAAUAUUAGAGCGAUUCAAAUUAUUUUACUACGGGAAAUAGCUGUAAGUAUCGAGAUCGAAGACCUUGAUCGAUAUCAAAUAUGAUACCGAGCGAACGUCUUUGUAAUUAUCAGAUAUAAGAGACAAAGUCUGAUUGGUAUGAAACAAAUAGUGCAAAAAAUUGAUGAAAGUGAUUACUCGAUGUUGCAGCUGCUUAUUUCAUACCGAUACGAUUAUGUUUUUUAUGUUUGAUCCGCGAUAGUACCGAUACAAAAUAAUACUUUCUUAUCUAUCAGUGCUGACGAUAGUUAGUUUGACCGGUGUUUUUCCUGAGAAAGAUGGUUGAUCGAACCUCUAUCUAUCAAAACAUGUUGAUUUCCAAGAAUAUUUCAUAUUUUCUAGAUUUUCUGGUAAUUCAACUUUCCAAAAUUUUAAUGUACCCUUCGAAUACUCGGUUGAUUUCCACAUAGCGUUAUUUAUAGUUAAGACAUUCCUUAAAAAUAAUUCCACCAUAACUGGAGUAUUAGCAUCGUACAUACACUAUCGUUCAACAAAAGUAUUCGAUCAUACUCUGUUCCAAUGAGUACCAGGCUUAGAAAACUCGAAAUGUUUGCAAUAAAUUACUCUUCUUCGAGAAAUUUUUCUUCGAAAAAGUUGACAGAGAUCUGCAUAUCAGUUUUGUUGUAAAUGUUAUGUGAUUACGAGAAAAACAAAAAUAACGUGUUAAAAAGUUACACUGAAUGCUAUUAUACAUAAUAUUAUUAAAGAAUAAUGUAUAUUGAAAAGUAUAUGGCGAACGGGUUAAGAAUCGAUAGCGAAAAAAUGUUACAAAUCCAAGUAUAAUUAUGAUCGUCAUUCUCAAAAUAUACUUAAACCAUGUACAAUUAACGUUCAACGUGUUACCAUGGUCACCGGUGACCGACGCUGCAAACACAUUCACUGUCCAUGAUCCACAUACGGGUCACAGCUCCAUGCUUUUGGAUAUGCCGCUGAGAGACCGGACAGUGAACGUGUUGACACUUGUAAAUUUUUUAAAAAUGUCGAGGAUACUCGGAUAAUAUUUCCAAUGGUUGCAGUAAUUUUGAAGAUCGAAGGAUAAUCCAAGCUUUUGAACGGCAGUGUAUACGCGCUGCACAUGUGAUCGACGCGCGUGGAAUAGAAAGUUAUGGCGCGAGAGCGAGAGUCGCGAUCUAGAACUUACAAACUUGUUAGCGUGUGACCUUGAGCAGCCAAACCGAGCUCGAUCCAAUGAAUAUUCGGCAACCUGUUUCGGGCGGCGGGCCAAACCGCCGGAAGAAUGCCAAAUUUAGGUAACAAUUUAAUCUCGUACUAUUAAACAAAUGAUAAAAUCGCAACGACGUUGUAAUACAUGUGAUGUAUACUGUUAUAACGUGUGAAACCUAAAUAAACGAGCCACGUGUGGUCCGCGAGCCCGAGGUUGCCCAGGUGCGAGCAUGUAACACCUUCUCGAUGCGUUUUGGUAAACACACGUUGAGGAUCGAUCGAUCUUCGUCGAAAUCGAGCGUUUUUUUUUGUGUUUUUUAUAGCAGUGAAAAGGUAAAUCGUCGCGUCGAAUCGAGGUGACUGUUGGUCACGUGAAAACGUUUCGAAUCGCGUUAUAAGGUCCCCCCCCCCCAGAAGGUUAAGGGGGAGGAAAAGAGUAAAGAGUAGGGGCCCGAGAAAAUUAGAAGAAACUAGGGAAACGCGACGGAAGUAGACAAGUGAACGAAGCGAAAUGAGAGGAAUAAGAAAAAAAAAAAAAAAAGUUAUAUUAUAUACGCGACUGUGAUCUUUUGGAGAGACUCUCGUGUGCGAGGGGUCGACGUUCUGCCCUGAAGGGGGCGAGGCUCUUGUCGUGUCCCGACUCCGACUCUGGACAUCUUCGACGUUCCCACGUGGGCCACCUAGCGAUCUCAAGCCCCCCUUUGAUCAUUUCGCUGUCCCCCCCUCGAUUGUCCCGAUUGUUUUUUGUCUGUUCACCCGGUGAAACGGAUCGAACCCCCGCUGCUACGAGCCUAACGCGCACACGUGUCUCAACACGCGGCUCGAGAUCGUUCGAGGUCCACCUGAUCAAAAAAAAUAAGACAGAGCCACGCUCCCGGAAAGAUGGAAAACUCAUACACGAUAAGAUCUUAUCGAACUAUUAGUUGUUAGCCUUUUCAUCGUCGAGACUCCUAGAGUGCGUGCGAUGCUUCGUAGAGAACGUACGUGAGAGCGUAUUAGGUAUAUAAGAAUAUUAAAAGAUGCGUGUGCAUUACGCUGUAUCAGUGAUGAUGUGCUCCGGUGUAACGCAAUUUACUGAUGAGGUGUGUUCUGUCUGAGAGCAACAAAGCGAGAAAGAGAGAGAAUAACAGAGCGUAAAAGAGAGAGAGAGAGAAAGAAAGAAUGUUAGAGAGGAUCUUGUGAGAGAGGGACGACGGAGGGGGUUGGCUCGUGAUUCGUCGUGAAUCGCGGGAACGGUACGAAAUCGUAGAUUUUGCAAAAACGAAGAAACGCAAAAGAAUGGUAAAAUAAAAACGAAAUAAAAGGAGGGGGGGGAAAAAAAACAAAGUUAUAUAAAUUUUGUAUCGUGACGCGGUAAAGUUCGGAGAACCAACAUAAUUACCGUUUCAAAGGGGGGUAAAAUCGGGAAUCUGUUGGCGGCGGUCACUGAAAUCUUUAAACACGCAAAACCUAGAAACAACCGACGUUCCAACGAUUUUAGGGGUGAAAAAUAAAAGAAAAAAAAUAGAAUCCACGAGUCCACGCAGAUCCCACGCAAGAAUUAUUUUUCGAGAGAGAUUUCAGCGAUACUGCCGGGGAUUGUACAGUGCGUUCUCCGUUCUUCGUGAAUUUUGAGCCGCGGUUGCCGUUGUACGUACGAGACAAUAUUUUCGAUAAUAUUUUUUAAACGAUCGAAUCGCGAAACACGAGGCCAACGCGUAGAGCUGUUGUGUUGUUCCAAAAAAAAAAAAUGCGUCAGUGAUUGCACGGCGACGGAAAUCGGAGAUCGCCGUCGCCGCGCACACCCCGGUGCGAUUUAAGCUAAUUAACGAAGCAAAAGACUAAAAGAAAAGAAAAAAAAGAGUAAAAGAACCAAAAAAAAAGAGAAAACCCAAAAAAAAAAAAAAGAGAUGAGGAGCGCGUGAGAGGAUUGAAUUUUUGUGGCGAUGCUGAGAGAGAAUGCUGCCUGUCGAAUGCCGCCGAUCGACGAUCGGACCAACGAUUUAUGAUUUACGCGUGUGAACAAUUCGGGCGAUAAACGUGGGUUGCAACAAACGAACAAAAGGUUUAAAAAAAAAAAUAAAAAGAAGAGAAAAAACACAAAAAAAAAAAAGAAGAAAUGAGAGAGAGAGAGCGCGAGAGAGAAACAAUAAUAAACGACGAGUGUUGGAUGGUGUUUUUGUUCUUAGCCUGCAACAUGUAAUUUGCUCACCCUCUCCAAAUCAUUUCCUCGGGGCGCGCGCGAUGUUCAUAUCGAUCGCCUAAUUCUCCGAUCUGGUUGUCAAAAAAAUCGACGAAUUAUCGAACCAAGGCCUAUUCUCGUAACGCGUUCGAUGGGUCUCCUGUAUCCUAAAUUUAACGGUAGCUCUUUAACACUUGGACGACGAGGACGCGUAAAAAUACGCGUCACAGAUACCCGGUUGCGUACGAUUACAAUAUGGCGUCGCCCAACGGGGUGUACAGUUGUUAAUUAGUGUUCCGAAGGUACACGGAAUGUUGAGUAUAAUAUCAGAUCGAUGGGAUCGUCCAAGCGUUAAACCUGUCGCGAUCGCCAAGAUGUCACGAAAACUGUUCUCGACGGAUUAUUUUUUUCUUCCCUCGAUGCAAGACCGUGACAUCUCUCGAUGGAGGAGACCAACAAGCUCAAAAUGAAACCCGGAACAGUUUCUUCCGCGAAGAAGCUUUAUUUUGUUAUUAAAUCGAACGAGACCACGUGGUCCACGGUCGAACGCUUUAAAACGGUAGAACCAGGAGAGGGUGCGGCCAUGCCCAGGUUCCAGCUUGAAUACGUCUACCUAUCCUUAUAUACUUUUCGGUUUUUGUGUCAGAGUCGUGUGGUUUGCGAAGCCUGUGUUCAUUGCGAAGAUUUACAAAUGACAACGACUAUGUGACUCUCGGGUACAUCGCUUGAUCCGAAUGACAGAGCGAUCGUGGAAUGACUGGGAACGACGAUUAUUCGUGGAGAGCGUGUAUCAACGUGUGUGGGAACGGGUCGCAUUAAUGUCUACGCGCGGCGAAAGAUCCGAUCUGGCGUGGAAACGAUUUGAAAUUCAAAAGGUUGCGCGGAAGAACUGUUGCAAAACACGUUACGUGAUUUCGCUUUUUUUUCUCGUUCCUCCUUCGCCACCCCUCCGUAUCUCGUCGCGUUUAUCGUUUCACGGAUUCGUUCGAUUUUGCGUAAACAUUAAUGCGACCGGCUGGUAUCGUCAGUGUGUGCAAGAAGAACGAUUAUACGAAUCGCCAAGCGACAGUGCCAUAUGAUUAAUCGAAUCAUUUCGACUGCUACAUCGCAACUUCAAUUCGUCGUCUUGACAGAAUAAUAAAAGAAAAAUACC